AUGACGACUGCCAAGGAAACUCCCGCAGUAGCAAUAGCUGCUCCGGACAUUGACGUGUACUCAAACGAGAUUUUGCGGGAGAGACUCGCCGCCGGUCUCGGCAACCAAGGAGGUGCCCGGGGCUCUUUGACACGCUGUGUCGGGAAAGCGAUGAUGCUACGGAAUACGGUGGAUGGAUCAGACAAUGCCGUACAGGAGAUGCAACGUGAAUUACAACUCGUGGAUAUUGAACUAACGAAACUGUACUGGACCGCACAACGCCAACGAGCGGAACUGGAGCAAGCCCGACAAGAACAAGAGCCCUUACAGGCUGCCAUUGCGGACGAACGCGUCCGGGUAAACGAAUUGCGACAGACAAUGCAACAAGCGGCGUUGACCAAAGCCUGUCGCAACGAAUACGAAGCCUUGGCCAAGAUCGUCAACACGAAACACCCGGUAGGUCCUAGAGCACUCCAAGCACAACUGGAUGAACUUCUGCUACAGCUCGAAGCGACCCAAGAAAAGUCGCAAACAGCCACUUCGCACGUACGCAUCCGGCAAGCUCAAUUUCAAAACUUUUUGCAAUCGCUGUUGGACUUGAAACAAUCCUUGACGGAAGGUUUGGUUCUCGACGAGCACGAGUUUCAACCCAACACGGACGAGGAAACGCACACUCCGAUGGACCUGGAACCAAGCGAGGUUACGGUGGAGACGACAGCAGUUGCAAAAUCGGAAGAAGAAGUUGACUUGUACGACGAUCUGUAGAAGGCACCAGUUUGGUGCUUGCAGUAAAACUGCUACUUUAUGCAGGCUUUAGUUUCUCUCCGUGAAAGUGCGGGAAAAAUAAACCUCGGCCCCGACCGAGUUGGGUUUGGCAAUUGAAAAGCUUCUUUUUUUCCUUGGAAAAAUGUACCUAUCUUAGCAACUGAAAAUGCCGUGCAAUUGUAUCAAGCUAGUGGUCCACAUAUAUCCAGUCAGGGGAAUAGGAUGUCAGCUGUCACCAACAGAUUGCU